CCGAUUCAAAGCUUUACUUCCGAAAGGCCGCACAUUUUUCUGCCUCUCUCUUUUCGCUUAGAACGCCAUCAUGGGUCGUAUGCACGCUCCUGGGUAAGCAUGUAUUUCAUUCGGAAAUAAUAAGCAUAUUGGCUUUUGUUAUCCGUAGCUGGAACUUUUUACAGUACCUCAUCAACCCCAACAGAUGUUUUGUGGACACAUUUGGUUAAAUAUUUCCACUAUAAUGAUUUCUAGCUAGCUGGCUAACAACUAGCGUUCUGCCGCAACGGACACAGUGACAUGAUGCCGCGCACACAGUCCUGCCCUUUUAGCCGAUGGCUUAGUCAUUUAGAAUAAUUAAAUAGUUCAUAAUUAUAUUUAGUUAUAUAUGCGCUGAUACUGGAAUGGUAACCACGAACCCCCUCGAUCAAAUUUGUAUUUAGUUACCAUCAAUUCGGCCUAAACCAGAUUACUUUAUUUGCAUAAGCCAAUGCUAAUGUUAGCGUAGUGUAGGCUAGUUAGACAUAGCUUCUAUUUAAAGCUAGCUAGGUACACUACAUUUAUAUUUGUCAUUUAGCAGACGCUCUUAUCCAGAGGGACAUAGUUAGUGAGUGCAUAUUUUUCAUACUGGCCCCCCGUGGGAAACGAACCCACAACCCUGGCGUUGCAAGCGCCAUGCUGUACCAACUGAGCUACAGGAGACCACUCAACAGUUACAGUUAGCACCAUUGUCUCCCUGUUCGAUGGGGUUGAGGUCAGGGCUCUGCAGGCCAGUCAAGUUCUUCCACACUUAUCUCGACAAACUAUUUCUGUAUGGACCUCGAUUUGUGCAUGGUGGCAUUGUCAUGCUGAAACGGGAAAGGGCCUUCCCCAAAAGGUUGUUGCAAAGUUGGAAACAGAAUGUCCGUGUAUGCUGUUGCGUUAAGAUUUCCCUUCACUGGAACUAAGGGGCCUAGCCCUAAUCAUGAAAAACAGCCAGAGACCAUCUCUCCUCCACCAAACUUUACAGUUGGCACUAUGCAUUCGGACAGGUAGUAUUCUGCUGGCAUCCGCCAAACCCAGAUUUGUCCCUCGGACUGCCAGGUGGUGGAGUUUGAUUAAUCACUCCAAAGAAUGCAUUUCCACUGCUUCAGAGUCCAAUGGUGGCUAGCUUCACACCAGUCCAGCUGACGCUUGGCAUUGCCCAUGGUGAUCUUAGGCUUGUGCGGCUUUUGGACCAUGGAAACCCAUUUAAUGAAACUCCCGACUAACAGUUCUUGUGCUAACGUUGCUUCCAGAGGCAGUUUGGAACUCUGUAGUGAGUAUUGCAACAGAGGACAGAUUUUUACGUGCUUCAGCACUCCGCUGUCCUGUGUGGCCUACCACUUCGCGGCUGAGCCGUUGUUGCUCCUAGAUGUUUCCACUUACCAAUAACAACACUUAGUUGACCAGGGCAGAAAUUUGACGAACUGACUUGUUGGAAAGGUGGCAUCCUAUGACUACCACGUUGCAAGUCACUGAGCUCUUCAGUAAGGCCAUUGAUUGUCUAUAGAUUGCAUGGCUGUGUGCUCAAUUUUAUACACCUGUCAGCAACGGGUGUGGCUAAAAUGGCUGACUCCACUGAUUUUGAAGGGGUGUCCACAUACUUUUGUAUAUAGUGUAGCUAGCUAGUUACACAGUACUGCACUAGGUAGCUAGCUAGUUAGAGUACUGCACUAGCUAAAUAACUAGCUAGCUAGUUGAAAUGCAUUAUUUCAAGUCCAAACGUGGCUUUAGCAGCCCAUGGCGGUUUGUCAUCAUGAUGUAGCUAGCUACCGACUUAGAGCUACUUUCCUUCUGUUUCAGCAAGGGCCUGUCCCAGUCUGCACUUCCCUACAGACGCAGUGUGCCCACCGUAAGUAUCUAGUUGGUCAUUAAACUUUUGGAUGGUUAACUGGCGUCUUACUAUCUGUUUGUAAAAUAUGGUUAUGAAUCUGGUCAACCUGGUAAUGUGACUACAUGGUUUGCCAAUGUAUCAUCAUUGAUACUACUUUCACUGGAAUGUGCAUGUCAUAUUGCAGAGUCUAGCUAAAUACCGAACUUAAACUACAAAGGAUCACUACUGUGAAUAGAAGGCUCAGUGGACAAAGGGGACAUCAGUCUCAACCUCAAAUGUUGUUCUACAGUGGCUGAAGGUUACAUCUGAUGAUGUCAAAGAGCAGAUCUUCAAGCUCGCCAAGAAGGGUCUUUCUCCCUCUCAGAUCGGUAAGGACCUUGUUCAUUUGUAUACUGUCCAGGCCUUUCAUAAGAUCGCUCUGGAUAAGAGCGUCUGCUAAAUGACUAAAAUGUAAAAUGUAAUUGUCUUCUCAGUUCAUGAAGUGGCAAUGAGUUAUGCACCCUAACCCAAAGGCCAUAUCAAAUGAAUGGUAUGAUCUUGUCAGGUGUGCUAAAAUCAACACGUACCUUGUCGCCUUUCUCUGAAGCUGCUGUGCCGUUGAAAGUGAAUUCAAGGUUCAACACUAUCAUUCCAGAUUAUUUACCAAGGCUGUUGUCCUAUGCAUAUUGUUACUCACAUUUUCUCUUCUUCCUCGCCAUCCUUUUAGAACAAAAGUUCAAAGGAUUGUCGUGUCUAUUUUUCUACAAUCAACCCAUUUCGAGUUUGGCUGACCCCCACACAAAGUACAAACCACAGAGGGGAAGAUACCGAGAGACUGAAGUUAGAAAAGGCUGACACUACUGUUAUUCUCUCUCUCCAGGUGUGAUCCUUAGGGACUCUCAUGGUGUUGCCCAGGUGCGCUUCGUCACUGGAAACAAGAUCCUGAGGAUCCUCAAGUCCAAGGGCUUGGCCCCUGACCUGCCUGAGGAUCUGUACCACCUCAUCAAGAAGGCUGUCGCUAUAAGGAAGCAUCUGGAGAGGAACAGGAAGGUAAAAGGACCUCCUCUACAUGUCUGUCUCCAGUUCACUUCUAGGGAGGGAAGAGACUGUUAAACCACCAGGAACUCAAGCAAAACGUACUGUUUGAAAAUCCAACUAAAUUGUGCCCUGCUGUAAAAAAUGUAUUGAUUGAUUGCUCAAUGUGGACAUCUGGUGAGGUUGCUCUUGCAUGGCUCUGUCCUAGUGGCUUAUGGGAGCGUAGCACUGUACAGUGCCAUGAUGUACAGUCCCGUUCCACAACAUUGUACAGCAAGCCUGUUCCCAGCCUUUGGGCUGGUGGGGACGGCGUCCUGCAUAUUCCUACGUCUUCCCAGAGCCUCUGGGCUAUGACUGGGGAGGCAAACCAUGUAGUGCACAAGUUAACUCAAAAUUGUAAUACCAGCCUUUGCCAUUGACUGUUUGAGGUUUUUGACUGUGGAAGGGCUGGUUAACUCUAGUUUUUUUCUUCUUACAGGACAAGGAUGCCAAGUUUCGUCUGAUUCUCACUGAAAGCAGAAUCCACAGAUUGGCCCGUUACUACAAGACCAAGAGAGUUCUUGCUCCCAACUGGAAGUAGUACGUAUUACCGCUUUAUUGGCCUUAGGGAGACCAAGCCAGCAUGAAGGCAUAGUACCUACUCUUCAUAUUUUCAGUUUGUUUGUUAGCUCACUAAAUGGCACAUUUCAUUGUCCUGUUCUUCCCUUGUUAGAGCGGAUAUAUUUCUUAUGUGCUAGAUAAACCUUGGAGGUAAAUUAGUAGAGUGGCUGUUCUGUGCCAACCUGCCAGUCCCCUUCAUACAUCUCCAUGCCACUCAGUGGUUUUUUCAUUCUUACCGACUGCCAGAGGCAUUACCUGAACUGGAUAAUUAUCAGUCUCAAGCAGGCUGAGAAUAUAUACCAACAAAUGUACACACGUGUUGACUUCAGACCGGAUCAUCAACCAUACGACUGCUUCUAUUGUUAGCCGUUAGAAUUGGUGACGUUCAACUUUUUGGUUGAUUACACUGCUUUUUCCUUUACUAAUCCCUUUUCCCUCUUGAUCCACAGCGAAUCCUCUACUGCUUCUGCUCUGGUGGCAUAAGGAGUAUUUUUCACAAAUAAAGAUCGAUUUGGAAGGA